AUGGCAGAUAGACGACUGGUUGCUUUUGAAAAUUCCGAAAUAUCAUGGCCACGUUCUCUACGAUUUAUUCUUUUACUUAUUUUUGAUAUACCAUCUGUAGUAUGUUCACUAUUUGUUCUUUAUCAUUUAUUAACUAAUCGAACAUCUCGUCAUGCUUUACAUAAUCAUACGAUUAUAAUUUUAUUAACGAUCGCACUUGCAUUUCAAUUAACUGAUAUUCCAUGGUACCUCGAUUUUAUUCGUCGAGGUUCAGUUUGGCCACAGAUUCCUGUUCGUUGUCUUCUAUGGUGGUUAGUCGAUCUCGGUUUUUACAAUACAGCUGCGCUCAUUCUCGCUUGGACAUCAAUCGAACGGCAUAUACUCGUAUUUCACGAUCAAUGGAUAUCAACUCGAAAGAAGCGUUUCUAUGUUCAUUAUCUUCCAUUGAUCAUUCUUAUUCUCUAUUCAACUAUUUAUUAUACUGUUCUUAUUUUUUUUCCGCCGUGCCAUCAUCAAUAUAUCUACAUACUACCUGUGUGUGCUGCAUCGCCAUGUCAUCUUCUUCAUCCUAUAUUAGGCCUAUGGGAAAUGGGCGUACACGGAUGUUUAUCAACAAUAAUCGUCGCAUUUUUUAGUAUCGCUUUACUCGUGCGUGUUAUAGUUCAUAAACGUCGUCGAAAUCGUGUAUUUCGAUGGAAAGUUUAUCGCAAAAUGAUUAUUCAAUUACUGUCUAUUUCUGCGCUUUAUUUGCUGCUAAAUUUUCCGAUUAUGAUUCUUUCUGUUGCACGUCUUUGUGGGUUACCUUCGGAUAUUGGUGUUGAAAUACAACAAAUAACAUUUUUUCUAACUUAUUGGGUUAUGUUUCUUUUGCCGUUUGUAACAUUAUCGUCAUUACCUGGUUUAAGAAAAAAAAUGGAUAAGAUUGGUUUCAUAAAACAUCGUCGACAGAAGACUCUUACUAUGGCAAUGAAAAGAAUUAUCAACGCCCAAGAAAGUCCUUUACACUGGACGUACAGUCCGUAA